AGGAUUUACAGACGUAAUAAGCGAGGGUUUCUGUUGCUGCUGUCGUCAAUGAGAACACACGAUUGAGCUUUGUUCAACUUGAGGACAGAUCAUUGAAGUAGUCAUGGCAACAGAGACAACACCAGACUAUCCUUGCACACCGGAGGAGUUGACGGAUAUUAUCACAAGUCCUUGUGGUGGUCUUUGUAUGAUGCCAUCUGACGCUUACAAUGAGGUCUUCCCCAAUAUCUUUAUAGGCGAGGAAUCAAUUGCAAAGAACAGAAUGGGCCUUAAGGGAAUUGGAAUUACCCACAUUUUAAACGCAGCAGAGGGGAAUUCUGAUUACCAUGUAAACAUCAAUGCCGAGAUGUACAAACGAGUGGAUAUCAUCUACUACGGAAUCAAGGCCAUGGACCAAAUGAAUUUCCAGUUAACACCAUACUUUGAUAAAUCAGUAGAAUUUAUCCAGCAGGCUAUUGAUGCUGGUGGGAAGGUGAUGGUGAACUGUAAGAUGGGUGCCAGUAGGUCAGCAACACUUGUUCUCGCCUACCUCAUGAUCGAACACCACAUGCCAGUUCAGGAUGCAACACGAUUGGUCAGGUCAAAACGUGAAAUUUGUCCCAAUGAUGGCUUCAUGCAACAGUUAUGUGAUCUCAAUGAACAAUUGAAAAAAGCAGGACAUUUUGACAAAAACCAAGAUGAAAAAACAGACAUUGAACAUGAAUGAUUGAAUUCAGUCAUGGCCAUGGUGUGCUGCCAUCAAUACAGAAAAACAACAAUAAAUGAACUAUUUAGAUCAGUAUGUGACUAGAAAAGUGUUCAUUAAUAGACAAUGGUUGAAUUACAUGUACAUUUCCGAUUUAUGUUCAUGUAGUGAAUCGAAGAACAGCAUCCGUGCCUGAAUCCUGUCUGGAGUACAUCAACUGGGUGCCACUGGAAAAACUGGCCUGACACUAUGUAAAUCAUAUACAUUUAAAAUGUUAGUAGAUGAUCUCAUAAUCAUAAACAUUUUGUAGAAAAUUAAUAGACUACUAGUUCAGUGCUUUGUCAAUACUGAAAACCAUCCAGACACCUAACCUAGACAUCAAUGUUGACAACUAGUCUUUGGUGAAGUGACAAUUCAUACAUUCGUUUAAUUUCAGUAUCAUAUUUAUUGGAUUAUUUUUUUAUCCUUUUUACGACAUAACUUAAAUAACUCUGCAAAUAUUCUUUAAGACAGCAUAUAUGAGCUUAGAUUGACAAAAUCUAAAUGGGCAAUAUUUUGUUAAUGGUGGUUACCCAUAAAGUGUAUUAGAUGAAACUAAGGUGUCACAAUGGAAACAUGUAUUACUAUGGGGUCUUUCAGCCAAUCAGUGAUCUGUUGUGGUAUUACACAUGUUAGCAGGAAAAACAUGAGGGGGAAACAAAAGAAAAUGACUUUUUACUGGUCAAUUUCAAUUACACAGUGUGGAAAACACAUUAAAAACCUGAAUAAAGCAUGUUUUGUCCUUUAAGCUCUUUUUGGUCCUAAGAUGUCAUGAUGAGGCAAGCGUCCUCUACAUUUUUCCCUCUGAAAAUCACUUCUAGCCAUGAAAGACUGAAUAGAUUUAUAAAAAUUUGGUCAGAAGAAUCCCUGGGGAAAGGAGAAGCAGUGGGACUGUGGCUCCCUGGGGACAGAGGGAGGGGUGGGAUCCAAAAGGGAAGAUUUAGCAUGAUUAAUCGUGUUUCUAAUUAACAUUCAGCAUGUCACUUUGUCGUAUCUCUGUUCAAUAUAUUACAAAUAGAUUAGACAUCGCAACUUUCUCAUAUAUACAUUGUUUGGUAUUUAAUUUGUCAAUUUUUACCCCUUCCCUACACUAUUUUGGUAAUUCUGAACCUUAGCCUUGACCAUCUGGUUUUGUGAAAUUUGCCCCUCUCUUGUAUGUUGAUUUUGUAAAUUAUGACCCCUCCCCUAGACUGUUUGGCUUGUGAAUUCUACCCCUCCCACAGAUGAUUUUUUGCCAAUUCUGGCCACCUAUUUCGGUUUGCCAGAAGGGCAUAGAAUGGUGUAGGGGCUCUUAAAUCUGAAUGAGAAAUUUGUAGGCCUCCUGGGAGCUUUGGGGAUGGGCUCGAAAUAGGAAAUUUGAGUUAAAAUUUUGAAAUCUUCAUCUUCAGACAGCUUUGAUAUUUCUGAAUUAUUAUUCUGUGAUGAGGAAUGAUAUUUUUAAGAAACUGUAGGUCUUGGCCCAAUGGGUCUCAAUGGGGGAAAUAGAGCAAAUUCUUUACAAUCCUUUUUAGUUUUAGGAAGGUCAGAAUUUGGACUGGAGCAUCUUUGGGUGAAGAAAUUUUUUUUUUUUUUUUUUAUAAACGGACGUUCGGUCUUCCUCCCCUUGUCCAGGAAGAGCAGGGUCCAAAACGAGAUUCUUUAAAAUGCUUCUGUAGGAAUACCUGGAUUCUGUCCAAAAUUUCUUCUGAAACAUCCUUGAGUGAUGGGGAAUCAAAUUUUGUAUAAGUCAUGAGUCUUUAAGCCCCUGGAACGGAAGGGAUGGGACCAAACAGGAGAAAUACAGCAAUUCUUUAAAUCCUUCUUCUGUAUAAAUGCCUGGGUUCUGUUCUAAUUUAGUCUGAAACAUUCUUGGAUGAAAGAGGAUCUUUGCAUUAAUGGUGGAUCUUGAACCCUUGGGACAGGGUCUGAUAAAGAAAAGAUACCAACUUGUUUACAAUCCUUCUUCUAGGCAUGUCAGAAAUUGUCCUAAUUUGGUCUGGUAGAAUCUUGGGUGAAGGAGAAUCAAUUUAUUUUCUUAAAAAGGUGGGUCUCCGCCCCAUGGGGCAGAAGGGGUGACGCCCAAUAGGAGAAAUAGAGCAAAUUCUUUAAAUUCCUUCUUCUGUCAAAAUGUCUUCAUUCUGUCCCAGUUUGGUGUGAACAUCCUUGGAUGUAUAAACAUCAAUUUUGUAUAAAUAAUGAGUCUUGGCUACGUGGGGUGGGAGGAGUGUGGCCAACAUAGAAAAUAAAUUCUUUAAAAUCCUUCUCCUUCUAUAGGAAUACCAAGAUUCUGUUCCCAUUUAGUCUCAACUCUCCAUGGGUGAAGAGAAUUUGAUUGGAUCUCAUCCUCCUGAGGGCUGACGAUCAAUAGAUUAGAGAGAUGAAAUCUUUGAAAUCCAGUUUUUUAUGUUGCAAGGAUUUUGACCAAAUUAUUCUUGAAACGUCAUAGGGUGAAAAAGUUUGCAGAGGGACUGGGUCAAAUGUGGGAAAUAGAGAUUAAAAUAAAAAAAAUGUAACAAUAUAAUUGUGAAUUAAUAUGAUUUAAGUGAAAGCUAAAAUAUCCAGUUAGGAGAUACAGGCCCAAUGGGCCUGUUUUUGUUUGUUUGUUUUGUCCUAUUUAUAUUCACAUUUUUUCAUAUUAUUAAAA